AACGCCACUCGAGAUAAUAGCAUAGUACGCUCUCGAGCGCAGCCGUCUCGUCCAAUUUCAAAAAAUCAUAUCCGAAUUCCGAACCCAAUACUCUCGCGAGAGCCGAAAGCCUUUUCGGCCAUACAUAGACCUCGCGGAUUCCAUCUUUUUAGUUUCCUUGAAUCUCUAGAAAUUGUUUACAGGUCCUACUGUUUUCUAUAAAUGAGGGGGAGAAGUUAUACCCCAUCACCACCAAGGGGUCAUGGCAGGAGAGGACGGAGCCCUAGCCCUAGGGGUCGCUAUGGUGGCCUUGGUAGGGAUGGUCCUACUAGCCUUCUUGUUCGUAACCUUCGCCACGAUUGUAGGCCAGAGGAUCUUCGUAGACCAUUUGGGCAGUUUGGUCAUCUCAAGGACAUUUACUUGCCAAAGGAUUAUUAUUCUGGGGAACCCCGUGGUUUUGGUUUUGUGCAAUAUGUAGAUCCUGCUGAUGCUGCUGAGGCAAAAUAUCAGAUGGAUGGCCAGGUUCUUUUUGGCCGUGAGCUGACUGUUGUCUUUGCUGAGGAGAACAGAAAGAAGCCAUCUGACAUGAGGGCAAGGGAUAGAGGGAGUCGGAGUCGAUAUCAUGAUCGAAGACGAUCACCCCCACGUUAUUCUCGCUCACCCAGGUACUCUCAGUCUCCGCCUCCACGUCAUGCAAGAUCUCCAUCCCAAAACCGUGAUUAUUCCCCUCCUCCCAAACAAAGGCAUUAUUCAAGAUCUGUUUCACCCCGAGACAGAAGGUAUGGUCAAGAGAAGUCAUAUUCACGUUCGCCCUACAAUGGCUCAAGGAGCCGCAGUCGAAGUCCAGCCAGAGGUCCGAGCCGUACUCCGAGCCGAAGCCCUAACCGUGAAGAAUACUCGAGGCAACCAAAUGGAGAUAGGUCUCCUAGUCAGUGAGCUACUCUGAACAGUCUAUUGUUAUGAUAGCUUUUUGUUGGAUCUUGUUUGUAAUUUGGUUCUGUUCCAUGAAUUUGAGUCAGAUUCUGGUACCCUUUCGUUGACGAUUUAUUUUCUUGAAACUGAUAGCUUUAUCUGUGAUGAUAGAAUAUAUGGUUGAAUGUGUCGUGUUCUAAAA